GUGUGAAACGAACCGUGCCGAUAGAUGCGUGGCUGAGAAGGAGCUCAGUCUUGAACGGUGUGUCUUCGAUACCUGGGCACCUCGAAGAACUAUUAACGCCCUCCUUAUGGCAUGCCAGGCUCUGCUGUUUGUGAAAUUGUAUUCCUGCGCUACUCGUGGGAACUAUAUCGGAGUCAGACAACAAUAACGAAUAUGAUAUGUACUCUUUUAAUGCCAUCCUUGAUGCAAUACCUGGAACAUCAAAGGCAAAAGACGAAGAAUCAAGGAAGGUAAAUUAUCUAACAUCAUCUUCGUCUGCUCGAAGCACUUCGAGUUCUGAUAGUUGGACAGACGCAGAAUCACGUGCAUAUAGUCGUAGAAACUUAGAACAAGAACGAUUAUCUCAGCAUUUGGAUUCUGAAGAAGUACAAUCAACUCGUCCUUCGGCUGUACCUAAACGAAGUUGGACUCCAGAUUCAUCUGAGGAUUCUCCCCAGGCCACAGUUGCGUUAAAUGUUCGCAAUCAGGAAGAAAUCAAAACGCCAUUGAGAGAGUUAAUCGAAGCUUCUUCUGUUGGAAUCCGCAGCAAAUACCCCAUGAGCGAAUACCAAAUGCAAUUGAUUCAUAGAUCUCUCUGUGAUCUUAUUGAAGAUAUAAAUAUAAAAGCAUCAGGACCGAGUUUCUCAGGCUUUAUUCACAAAACUGAUUGGAUCAUGAUUGUUUGUGACAACUCGAAGAGUGAGCGGUGGUUAAAAAGAGUUUUACCUACCUUGGAACCAUGGCCGGACGCAGAACUGUCUAUUAUAGAAACACGGGACAUACCCAACGUCACAACAGGAACCGCAUACAUUCCAUACAGCGAAGCUCUAACCGUCAGCAGCGCUUUUAAUUUGUUGAGUAUCCAAAACCGUGGUCUGAACACAGAAUACUGGAGAGUAGUGAAAACUACGUAUGGAGAAUGGGGAGAAAUUGUAAAAUUCACUCUGGAUCAUAUUUCCGCUGAAGUCUUACGAAGUCUAAACGGUCGUGUCACACUUGGCUUCAAGAAAAUCAAAAUUGAAACAGAGAGUAUUGUCAGUGAAACACUAAAAGGUCCCGUAGCAGGACCUUCAAGAAUAAACCCAAAACGUCGCAAAUUGGAUAAUUAAAAUUUCACAACUCAUCGAAAUUCAACGUUAUUACCGGCUGUUUUAUGUUACGUACUUACAAUAUAAAAAUAAUUAUUUAAUUCGAUCAUAAUCACUCAACGUUCUAAUCUAAUUGAAAGUAAUUUUCAUAGUAAGAACAUGUUAGAUAAUAUAGUACUCGUAAUUAUUUUAUGUUUUCACAACACUUGCCUACAAUAAUAUUUACUUUAUACAAUUUGUUAUGUCGUCUACUUAAUCAAAUUGAGACCCAUGAAUAGGGUAACCAUAAUAUAUGUAUAUCAAGACCCCAAUAAAUAACUUUUAGUUUUUUAAAUCAAAAUAUUACAAGGAAUUAGUAAAAUUCCGUGUUAGUUUAAAAAAAACACUAAAGCGUUCUGUAUCAUUACCAUUUUUCAUUCAGAUAUGUGUAAAUUUUUUGUUACGUUGAAUGUAAGCUUUAGUUCAGCAUCUUUAAAAUUAAGCAAUAUCUCAAUAAUAUCACAAGAACGAAAAUAUACUAAUUUAUCGACAUUUAUUUUUGAAUACGUAUUCAUUUCCCAGUCACCACGCGGCAGUCAGACGUCGGUUCUCAAAUGUACGAAUGUUGUAAGGUGUAAUGUUGAGGGGCAUACAUAGAUAAAUUGUAAGACGGCUCGUAUGAUUCAGAUUAUUGUAUGUGAAUAAAAACCAGGUGUCUCAA